AUGGGCUCGGGAAGCAGCAAACUCAACGCGGACACGCUCCCGGGCGGCUCGCAGCACCAAACGCGGCUGCUGUACCGCAAUACGUGGCGCGUGGACAACACCAACCGCAUCUUCGGCGCCUGCUACGACGGCAACACGGUCGUGAUCGUGACGCCCGGUCGCAGCCUGCUCAAGCCCUACAUCCGCAUCCCGGAGGGCACCUACGCGCUCGUGCAGAACCAAGGCCGAGACAUCGACUACGUCAAGCCCGACGGCACCCGCACGCCCGUGUGGCCGCCUGGCAUGCACUUCGCCUCGCUCUUCACCAAGCGCUCGGCUCUCGUGACCAAGCAGUACAUUGUCUUCGACACGCCCGUGAAGGGCUGCAAGACCGCGGACGACGUGACUGUGGGCAUCGACAUGUGCCUGAUCCUGCGCAUCAUGGGCGACGAGUCCAAGGGUGAAGACCCGGAGCUCGUCCGUCGCUUCGUCUACGAGUUGGGCCCCAACGGACUCGAGGUGCAGCUCCGUGCCGCUCAAGAUGAAGCCGUGCGAGCGCUGGCCCGUAGUGUGGAGCACACGGAGGUGUACCAGCUCCGCGACGGCACCAUGCGCGAGAGGUUCAAGACGGGGGCGCUCAACUUCCGCACGAACCGGCCGGCGAACGACGAGCUCCAUUCUCCCAAGAUGAAGAAAGAACCUGUCAAGGAGGAGGACAUCCCACCGGAGGACAAGGUGCUCUACUGCGUCACGGAGGACAUCAAGCGCAGUCUGAACGACCAGUUCAACACGUACGGCGUGCAGAUCACGAGUGUCGCCAUCACGAACGUCACGCUGCCGGAGGAGUUCCAGAAGCAAAUGGAGAACCGCACGACCCACCUGAGCGCCAUCAAGGAGCAGAACAUGAAGCAGUUGAGCGACAUGCAGAUGCUGCAGUACAAGGAGGAGAUCGACACGACCAAGCUCAAGCGCAGGAUGAUGUACAUGGAGGAAGAGCAGACUGGCAAAGCCAAGUGCGCCGAGAUCCGCAAGGGGAUCGACCUCAUCGAAGCGCAGACGAAGCUUGCGGACGAGGAGAUCAAGCAGAAGACCACAGUGACGUGCAACAACCGCGACGUUGAGGCUUCGCUGAAGAUCGCCGAGAUUGAGGCCGAGACCGUGCGGAUCGCAGCGGAGAUCAACGCGCACUGUGACGCUGAGAUCGACCUCAUCAACGCCGAGAAGGCCGCGCUGCAGAUGCAGCUGGACGCCACCAAGGAUGAAAUCCGCGCCACGUCCGAGUCCAAGGCCGCGGAGAUUGUCGCUCGCGCUGAGGGUGCUGCUGUGAGUAAGCUGGAGAAGUACCGUAAGCACGAGCUGGAGAUGAAGAAGCUGGACAUGCUCGGCUCGCUCGCCAAGAACAAGAAGACGGUGGUCUCGGGCGACACGUCCAACAGUUUGCUGUCGGAGGUGCUGGUGGCGAAUCGCCAGGGCAAUGUCAUGCUGAGCAUCGACGGCAUGGCGAGCAGGGCUGGCGGUGGAGGCUUCGUUUGAAGUCAGCAAACGUGAACUAUUGAACGCUUCGGCGCCAUGGUAAGUGCCGAGGCAGCAGCAUAUCCGCAAGCAAGACUGGCUGCCGGUUGAAGGUAGACGCCCGUUAUUUCACAGCGACAACACAAGCAAAAGCUGCUAGCACACAGCAAUACUUAUCCCACCCGUAGUAGCGUACUAUAUAUGAUAAGCAGCAACAAACCUUAUUUGAUC